AUGACUUCGAGGAUUGCGACGCGUGUCGCAGACAUCGCACAGAGGGUCACCGUCUCGGCUCUCUUCGGUCUCACGAUCUACGGCAUGGUCGGAAUGGUUGAGCAGCACCGGGCGACGAUGCGGGCGGCGGACGAGGCAUGGAAGAAGCAUCAAGCAGAGGAGGCAGCCAAGCAGAAGUUGCAGGACGACCCUCUCCUCGAAGGCUUCGUCGACCCUCCCCCUCAGCGACCCUCAUGA